GUUGCUAGACAACGAGUCGGCCAAUUAGCGUGCUGGUUGGUUUGCGUGCCCUGGUGUGUGUACUGUCAUUCGGACGUUUUCGACAUGGAUUAAGGAGCUGUUGGGUCCUGAAACAAGGAGGAGUUGGGAGAUACGUUACAAACUGCUACUUCAAGAGUGGAGUGCGUAGGUGGACCUUGUGGCGAGCUUUGUGUAUCGUGCACAUAUACUAGAUGAUCCAGACACGUAGCCUGAAGGCUGCACUGCAAUAAUGCCAGAGUCGUCCCUGGACAAGGACAUUUGCAGCAGCUCUGAAUGUAGAACGUCCCCCUUGAGGCAGUUUAGCCAAUCAUCGCUGCCACUGCACAGAAAGUCCUACAUGCUCAGUUCCUUCUGCACAGAGCAAAACGUGCAAGAAUGUCAAUCAUACAUCAAUCAGGAGGUGUCAUCUCUCGGCCUCCCACCAGUUUGGGCAGAGUCGGGCAGCAGCUCAGAAAUGAAUGUUGUGGCUGUGCUAAAUUGCAUGUACGACCUGAUUCAGAUGCACCGCAGGGGCCUCCGGAGCCUGGAAAACAUGGAAGUGGAGCAGCUGAAGUCUAGCAGCAAUGUCGACUACCUGCAGCUCACUAGCACUCGGCUAAAAGAGCAGCUUGAACUGUCUAAAAGAGAAAACACAGGACUCCUCGAGAGAGAGCGACAGCUGCAGCUAAAAGUGAAGAGUUUGCAAAACUGUCUGAAAAAUGAAAAAGAAGAGGUGCAAAAACUUCAAAACAUAAUUGCAAGCCGGGCCAGCCAGUAUAAUCAUGAGAUGAAAAGGAAAGAGAGAGAAUUCAACAAACUGAAGGAGCGCUUGAAUCAACUUCUGGUCGACAAAAAAGAGAAGAAACAAGCCAUUGAUGUAUUAAACAACAUUGGAAGAGCUGAUGGGAAGAGAAGCCUUUGGAAAACUGAAAAGACAGAAGCAAAGCAUGAGGCCGAGAUGUAUAAGGCUCUGCUGAGCGACUAUGACACCCGACAAAGGGAGCUGCUGCUGGAAAAUGCAGAGUUGAAUAAAGUGUUGCAGCAGAUGAAGAAGGACAUGGUGUCUAUUCUGAGUUCAAAGAAGCCGAUCCUAAAAGGUGACAAAUAUCAAGAUGACGGCGCACAGGCUGACUCAGAGGAUGAAGAGGAAGUGUUUGAUUCUAGUAAAGAAAGCGUAGAGCUGUAUUGUGUUCAUGCCCGGGAGAAGCUGACCAACAGUAUUCGCCUCCAGUGGAGAAGACUAAAGAGCCAUGUUGAAAGAUUGGACAGCCAAGCAUCUUUAGCUCAGACAGGUGGGAGUAGAAAUAGUGAUGCUGUCUCCCAAGAGACUCACAAGGAGGAGAUGGACCGACUGAAGCUGGAGAUCCAGCAAUGCAAAGACUUUAUUCAAACACAGCAGCAGCUCCUGCAGCAGCAGCUAAGCUCUCCAUGUGAUGAAGAGACAGCAUCGCUGCUGAGCGACUGCUACAUGCUGCAGGAGAAAGAGCGCCUCGGAGAUGAGUGGAAGACCCUGGAGGAACAGAGGACGAUCUUUGAGCGGGAGAGGAGGAACUUCACUGAAGCAGCUAUAAGACUGAGCCACGAGAGGAAGGCCUUUGAGGAGGAUCGGGCAACAUGGCUCAAACACCAGUUUUUAAACUUGAGUCCAUUCCCUGACUCAAAGAAACCCCCGAUGUCAAAGUCUAAAAGUGCCUUUUUAAUAUCUGAAACAAAGGCACGUGCAGCGUCGGCUCCAGAAAAGCUAAUCAGGUGCCUGUCUGGCACAAACUCGCCUACACCCGGAUGUGUCCCGCACACAUCGUCAACAGCAGAUCUGUAUCGCACGCUAUGCCUUAUUCCAGAAAAUGGCUCCACCAAACCAAAGAGAAAGUCGGAUCAUGCAGAAGAAUCAGGCGUGUUUUUUAAUGGACAGGCUCCAAUUCGACACAAACAGUGGAACGAUAGAGAGCACAGCAGCCACACAAAGGAGCAGAACAGCUCUGUAUGAAGCCGUCGUCAUCAGAAUUAUUGUUAUUGUCAGUUAAUUCUUGAUUUGUGGUAUUUCGGAAACCCACUUGAACUGUGUAUGCCAAACACUUACAGAUGAACUGUGAUCAAUGAUCAAAUAGCGGCGCGCAUGUGAAGCAUUCUGUGAGACUGAGAGAAAAUUUGUGGCGUAUCUUUUUUGAUACCUUUCUGUUUAUUUUUUUUAGAUUAUGUGAUAAAUGUGAUACAUUUUCCACACCCAGGCAGCACUCCCUGCAUGUAUUUACAUGUAUUUAUUUAUUUAUUUAUGUGAUUCUGUAAAUCUUUAGUCUUUAUGACAUAUGUCAAGGAUGCUGAUAAAUCCAAGGCUACUAUUUUGGCAAUGCAGAUGUGCCUCAAAAGAUCAUGUGUCCUGGGACAUUGUGUGUUAAUGAUGGCUAUUUGCACCCAGACUUGCCUAAAUAUUGCCAUUUAAUAUCACGGCAUUCCACCUUCAGUUUUUUGUGUUACACUUAUCACCUGCCACAAUGAUUUAUAGUGUAAAUUUAAUGCUGCUGUUUCGUUGAAUGCAAUAAGAAAAGUGGGUAAGAUGUGUUGUUUGUGUUGAACGUAGAAAUGUGGUUACAAUUUUGUUUUCUAGUAACUGUUGUAUUAGUAGCAGGUUAUGUACGAUGUGAAAAAGAAAGAAAAGGCUGUGCAAUUUUUCACAAAUUACACAGUGUGUUGUACACACUGACACCAAGGUAAGAUUACUCUGAUGUCAACAUGAAUGAAAACAACUUUUCUUUUUAAAUUCAUGUUUAUUUUAGUUGCUUUAUAUUGAUAGAUUAGACUGAUUGUAACAACAGGAAUGUAACAUGAUGUAUUCUAGACAAUCCCAUAUUCUUGAAAAAAUCAUUAUACAUUCUUGAGAUUCGUAUAAUUCUUGUCAUUUGACCAUUUUUCCUCUAUCAGAAACAAUGCCGAGUCACUGAUCAAAGGUGCUGCGUCACCUGUCCUGUCCCAAUCAAUGCUGUCAGCUCAUCAAAAUGGACACUGUAAACCACCCAGUGAAGCAGCAACUCAACAGGACAGACCAGUACUUAAAUUACUACUGUAAUAAAUGACUUUGUCAUUUUGAGAUGAACUGCAGUAUUGGCAAGCAACGUUGUUAUUGAUUGUUACGUGUGCCCCUUUGAGCCUUGCAUUUGACAUAUCUCAAUGGAGGCUGUAACAUUGAUUUAUAUAAAGUCUGCAGAUAUUGUACAUUGAUGAUUCUGUGUUCUGAUAAAUAGCAUUAAAGCUG